AUUUAGUCAAGUUUUCACAGUAAUACCAGUGUCUUUAUUGCUGUAGUUAUGAGAAAACAAACGUCAUUUAGUUGAAGUGGCAACAGGUAAAAUACAUAUUAAAACAGGAAUGGUGUUGUUUACCGUGUACAUAACAUAUGAAAUUCCAACAGAUGCAAGAUGACGUUGCAUAUAUCAAAGUGGGUGUCGAUCUGACAUGCGAAACUUGUUAAAUUAUAGUUAUGGGUUAAAAACAUCGAGCAAACUGUUUCCGAUUAUUUUCUUGAAAACGCACAAGAAAAUAUGAUUUUCAAAUAAAUAACUGCAAAUACGUUUUCUACAUUCAAUAUAUAACACGGCGACAAAACAUAUUGUAUUUACUAAGACAGUAAAGUAGUUUAUUCACGGUAACAAAUUGCACCAUAGGACUGUUACGGGGCAGCGUCGUCGUCAUGUUUGUGACUGCAAUGGCUUUUGUGGAGGCGAUGGGCGUUUCUGGACACAGAUGGCGCUGUUGAGCAUAUAUUUAGUUUCAGUCCCGUUUCCCUCCAUGGUUGUCUCCUCUCUCCGACUAACUUAGCGUUUGCCUCAGUUCAUUAUACAGUCCUAUAUUCUCCCUCCAUUAGGGCAUCUCUGCCUUUUAGACUGAAGAUCCCAUCAAAACACAGGAGAGAAAAGUUUUACUUUAGCAGGGCACGAUGGACAUGAACAAGAGGAUCCACUUGGAGCUAAGAAACAGGACACCGUCUGAUGUACGAGAACUUGUCCUAGACAACUGUCGAUCUGUUGAAGGAAAAGUUGAAGGCCUCACAGCUGAGUUUGUCAACCUGGAGUUCCUCAGUUUGAUAAAUGUGUGUCUAACCUCAGUUUCCAACCUGCCUAAACUAGGAAAACUCAAAAAGCUUGAGUUGAGUGACAACAGAAUCAGCGGUGGCCUUGACGUUUUAGCAGAGAAACUCCCCAACCUCACACAUUUAAAUUUGAGCGGCAACAAGUUAAAAGACAUCAGCACAUUGGAACCAUUGAAAAAGCUGGAUAACCUGAAGAGUUUGGAUCUGUUCAACUGUGAAGUGACAAACCUGAAUGACUACAGAGAGAGUGUGUUCAAGCUGCUGCCCCAGCUCACGUACCUGGAUGGUUAUGACAUGGAGGACAGGGAAGCUUCGGACUCUGAUGGAGAGGUGGACGGCGAUGGUGUAGAUGAUGAUGAAGAUGAAGAGGGAGAGGAGGAGGAAGAUGAGGAUGGAGAGGAGGAAGACUUUGAUGAGGAAGAGGAGGAUGACGAUGAAGAGGAGGUGGAAGGAGAAGAUGAUGAAGAGGUUAGCGGAGAAGAAGAGGAGGAAGAUUUUGGUCAAGAUGGAGAAGUAGAUGAAGAGGAUGAGGACGAGGAAGAUGAUGAUGAUGACGCAGAAACCGGCAAAGGGGAGAAGAGAAAGCGAGACCCCGAGGAUGAAGAUGAGGAUGAGGACGACGAAGAUGAUGAUUAAGAGUAAAACUGAAUACAAAAGCCUCCAAGUCUCCCCAUCUCACCCUACACACCCAAACGUCCACCCUCUUACAACUCUCACCACCUUUGUAAUCCAUGUCCACCCCGUCCUCCCUCCCCAGUUCAGAGCUCUUAUAAUGGGGCAAGACUGUACCUGAUGGGUGGGGCGAGUGGAGCUGCCCACCCUUUAUUUUUUCCUCUAAUGGAACUGAGAGCCACCCAACGCCUCCACCUCACCCAGCCCACGGCCUCCGAGGUUCUCAGGCAGCCCACCACUCUGCAUUCCACAAUUUCACCGUCGAUCCCUCAUUGUAUUCCCGUGUGAGAACUUUGGGACUGGUAUCUAGUUUUGGGUCUGUGCUUUUAAUGUUUUGUUGGAUGAAUUAUUUUUUUGUUGGGUUUAUUAUUUCUCAUUAUUUCUUUAUUUUUUUUCUGUUCCUUAUUUUUCUCAAUAAAAUUAUUGCUAUAGCAGCUGUGCAAUCGGUGAGCCAUGAUUUUUUUAGUGUGGCCACAAGUUGCAUAAUUUAAGGUUGUAGCUACAUUUUUACUUUCUGUAUGACAAAAAAACAACUUUGUAAAUAAAAUGUUAACAUUU